AUGAGCUCGUCGAUGCAGCACCGACUCACGGCGUCCGCCAGCGUAGCACAAGCAUGUCGUCAAGCCGUAGCAGAGCUUGAGAAUUGGUCGCUUUGGGCGUAUCGUUCUACCACGGGGGAGGAGUGGGAUGCUCAGCCUGCGUGUUUUAUCACUGAUUAUCUCUUGGCGAUUCAGUGCUUUGCUUUUGCCGUCUACAUUGGUCUCUUUGCUGCGACAGACAAGGGAGAUUUGGCCUGGUACUUUAUGUACUUUAUGGCUCUUGGUAUCUCGGCGGCACUGGGCGGUCUACUGCACCACGUCGCCUAUGAGGCGAUGCGUGACAUUGCACACAAACAAGAGAACCAUUUGGUCAAGACUGCGCGUAUUUUUGGCGUCAACCUUAGCCGCUUUACUGUGGACAAGAUGAUUGACGCGCUGUGGCGUAUUGUGCUAGCGUGCUCUAUCUUUACCAACUUUGCACUGCUGUCAGUAGCUGCUAGCCGUCAUUUACCUGAGACGUGGGCCUACUUUAUCAUCGGACUGGCUGCCUUGUUUUACGUGGUGCUGGCUGUCUGGGCUAGUGUCAGCAUGCACGCAGUGUUUCUCUUUGCUGGCUUCAUACCUGUGAUGGUUUUUGGCCCCAUCGCGUGUUUUAUGACGUGGAACUGGGAGUGGAGUCAUUCGACUAAUGAGCUGCUGGUAUACGGUGUCAAGCUCGUGGGCGGCCUCAUUCAGGGCUUUGUAUGGGCUCCAAGCAAGGACAAGUUUAACCAUAAUGCGCUCUCGCACGUGUUUCUUAGUCUGGCAGCGACGCUCAUGCUCAUUCACUUCAAGUUCUAG